AUGAAGACAAAAUUAGCCUUAAUUUCUCUUAUUCAAUUAUUUCUUCUGCAUUCAUCAAUAUCAGUGCAACUGGGCCAUGAAGUUGGAAGUACAUCGAUGGAUUCAACUCAUUACGAUCGACGAAUUAUUCAUCAACAGUGUUCAUUGAACAACAACGAAGGUAAAGAUCUUAAUCGAGCAAGUUUUUGGGCAACUGUUCGUUCGCCAUCACCAUCAACAGCGAACAGUACAAAUCAAACUCAAUUUCUACCAUUUCGUCGACAAUUAAUCAUCAAUAAUGGAGAAGAUCGACUUGUCACUCGAUCUCCAUCUUCGAAUACAACCAAUACGAAUCAAUCAACACUCUUAGGCAUUGAUCAAGCUACCAUUGAUAUUAUUGUUGAUAAUCAAAUCUCUGGCAAUUUAACAGUAUACGUUCUUGUCAACGAAUGUCUCGAUUGUCCGUACGAAGUCAUCGCACAAGAUCUUUCAUCAAGUCAAGUACUUAACUUAACAUUAAAUACCAAAUAUACCUAUCGAAUUCGAAUUGAAUUGGGCAAUGCUUCUUCGUGCUUGGAAACAUUAAAUCUAUACGAACAUGGAGAAUAUACUUUGAAUGUUCAACAAUCAACAGGCUCAGCAUCGAAUUCAACUUUAGAUACUGGUUUGAAAUGCACUUUAACAACAAGUCGCUUAGCAAACAAUGUUUAUACACCAUUGAUUGUUGCUGGAGUGAUUCUUCUAGCUCUCUUUAUCUUCUGUAUAUUUGCGCAACGAAUGAAAUUACGGGAAUAUUUGAUUAAUUUAAAGAAUCGAUGCUUUAAUCAUGUUCCACCGCAAGAAUCUACACAUUCGUAUGAUUUACAAACAUGUCCACCUGUAACAACACUUUGUCAAUCCGGUAUUGAUACAGUUAAUACGGCAGAAUGUAACGCUAAUGGAUCGAAAUUACCGCCGAUCCACAAAGUUUCUCAAGUGAUCGUUCCACGAUCGAAACGAUUACUGAGUCUCGAUGCAUUCCGUGGUGUGGCUUUAAUUGCAAUGAUCUUUGUGAAUUAUGGCGGUGGUGGUUAUGCACAAUUUCAACAUUCGUCAUGGCAUGGAAUUACCGUUGCGGAUGCUGUUUUUCCAUUGUUUGUUUGGAUCUUAGGAGCUUCAGCAGUGUUUUCAAUCAAAAAUGCGUUUGAUAAAGGCGUAUCGAAACGAACACUACUGAUGAAAGUUGCAAUGCGUACAUUGAAACUAUUUAUCAUUGGUUUUGUUUUGAAUACUCGCUUUAAAGUUGAUUUAAAUCACGUUCGAAUUUUGGGCGUUCUGCAACGCUUUGCUCUCGUUUAUGGUGUAGUUGGUACAAUUGAAGUUCUCUGUACCCGGUCAAGACAAUAUUCUCUAACAGCAAAUUUGAAUAACAAUAAUAGUAAUGGCAAACACACGUCCACUAUGACGACAACAACUGUCAAAACGGGACGAACCAAACGUGUCACAACUGUUUUUCGAGAUAUUUCGAAUUUUCCUCUUCAAUGGUUAUCUAUUAUUGGGCUAACAACGAUUUGGAUAUUAGUAGUUUACCUAGUUCCAUUUGAGAACUGUCCAGCUGGCUAUCUAGGACCAGGUGGUCUACAUGAAAAUGGUAAAUAUGAGAAUUGUACAGGUGGUAUAACCGGAUAUAUUGAUCGAUUUGUUCUCACUGAUGAGCAUCUCUAUCAAUAUCCAACUUGUCAACUUGUUUAUGGUUGUAAACCACCUUUCGACUCGGAAAAUUUACUUGGAGUUAUUCCAACGAUCUUUUUAGCUUAUCUGGGCGUUCAAGCUGGUCGCAUACUCGUUAUGUAUCAAACCGAUGUCGACCGUCUCAUACGUCUUGUCACUUGGGGUAUCUUCACACUUGCUAUCGGUAUCGGAUUAACGUCGGGUACGCUUGAUGGUGGACCAAUGCCACUGAAUAAAAACCUUUGGACAUUGUCAUUUUCAUUCUUUACUGCUGGUUUGGCAUUUUUGGGCUUUGCAAUUAUGUAUAUUGUUAUUGAUAAAUUAAAAUGGUGGAAUGCCACACCAUUUCAAUAUUUGGGCACGAAUUCUAUUCUUAUCUACAUGGCACACAUUGUUUUUGCUACUUAUUUUCCUGUUCAAUGGACUGUUGCCAAUACACAUGCAGCACAUCUUGCCAUGGCACUCUGGGGUUGUAUUUUCUGGAUUAUUAUUGCCUACAUCUUCUUCAAAAAACGCGUUUUCCUCGUGCUCUGA